CCUUCGACACACCAGAGAUAUGGGUCAGACGGCGGCAGAGAGACAUUGAAAGAGUAAGAAGACUUGAAUCCGCUGGAGAAGCUGAGAUGACGUCAGAGGAACCUGAACCUAUCCAGCCCUGCCAGGAAUAACCUCCAUCAUGGGAUUGAGUCAAGCCUCCAGUGUCACCCCAAACAUCGGUCUGGCUGUGGCGGCGGGGGUGAGCAACCCUCCCAACACCUCUGGCAUCAUCCCCACCUCUUCUCAACCUCCCUCGUCCUGCAGCAUUGACGAAUCCUACAAGUACGUCUUCCUGCCGGUCUGCUACUCGCUGACCUUCCUCUUCAGUCUCACCCUCAACUCGGUGGUGUUGCUGCGCUCCUGCCGUCACCAUGGCAGCGGCUGCUGCGGCGUCAUGGGUAGCAGUGGCGGCGGGCGACGCUGGAACACCUCACUCAUCUACAUGGUUAACCUGGCCACCACUGACCUCAUGUACGGCCUGUCACUGCCCUUCCUGGUGGCGAGCUACAUGCUAAGGGACCGCUGGGUGUUUGGGGACUUCAUGUGCCGCCUUGUUCGCUUUCUGUUCUACUUCAACCUCUACUGCUCCAUCUUCUUCCUCACCUGCAUCUCAGUGCACAGGUACCUGGGAAUCUGCCAUCCCAUGAGGACCAUCACUCUGGAGAGCAAGCGGGUGGUGAAGGGGACCUGUGCGUUGGUGUGGGUGGUGGUCUUCAUCCUCACUUGCCCCAUCUUCAGGUUCGCUCAGACGGGAUACGUCCAUCGAGGAGGUGGGGCUGUCGGCCCUGAAGGUGCGAGUGGAGGCAGUAACGGUAGUGGACCUCAGUUUGAGGAUCAGGAGGGAUACAUGAACUGCUGGGACGACGCCAUUGAUAAGGAGUUUGCCGACUACGUCCCAUACGGCAUCGUCCUCCAUCUGCUGGGCUUCUUUGUGCCCUUUGUGAUCAUCGCUUGGUGCUACUCUCAGGUGGUCAGGACGAUAUUUCAGACACUGCGUUCCCCUCCCAGUUCCAUAGAGGGUGGGGAGGACGGUCCAGUGGGGGAUUGGGCCACAGAGGGAGUCAGAGACCGAGAAAGAACCUCGGUCUCCAUCUCUGGAUCACAGUACUCGCACUACAUCAGACGACGACGGAAAUCCAUCAAAACCAUCUUAACCAUCACGCUGCUGUUUGCCCUCUGCUUCCUGCCGUUUCACGUGACGCGGACGCUCUUCCUGCUGCUGCGGCGGGGACAGCUGGGUGGCUGCAACGCCAUGAAGACUGUCUCUAUCUGCUACAAGGUCACCCGGCCGCUGGCCUCCUGCAACGCCUGGCUCAAUGCCCUUCUCUACUUCCUGACAGGGGAUAAGGGCGCCCCCUGCUGCUGGCCUAAAGAACACAAAGUCCGCAGAGACCGCCGGCGGAACGGCUCCCUCUGGUGGCCUCUAAAGAUCAUGAAAAAAGAGGGAAUGGGCGAGGAGGACCAGGAAGCGGCCGAGAAGGUUAACAGGGAGGUGCACAUGGAAAAUGAGUCCAAGUCUUCAAGGGUCAUCUUCUAAGAGUUUUAAACGCCCUUUACUUUGAAAGGGACUUCAAACAGUACGCGUUGGAACAUGUAAUAAAUCCAGCACUUGAACUGAAGGUCGUGUUGGAGGUGGUUUGAAAUAUUUUAAACUCUGUUUGUGUAUAAUAUCUCAGUUCGGGUACCAGCAAUCGAAAUUAAAAACCUUUUUUUUUUAAAAGAACUGAAGAAGAAAACCAAUGUUUAAGAUUUAUUUUUGGGCUUUUUUGUGCCUUUAAUGUAGAGAUAGGACAGUGGAUAGUGUUGGAAAUCAGGGAGAGAGAGAGUAAGGAAUGACAUGCGGGAAAGGAGCGACAGGCUGGAUUUGAGCCUGGGCCGCCCACUUGGAGGACCAUGGCCUCCAUACAUGGGUCUCGCGCACUAAGCAGUGCGCCACCAACGCCCCAAGAAAACCAAUUUUAAUGCACAUUUUCCUUCACUAGUGUUUUCUUUUUAGCUUGUUGGGAGUUAUGAUGAACUGCAGAUGGAGCUAAUGCUCUGAUCAGUGCCAUGAAAUUUAGAGGACACGACUUGAUUAUGUCAUUGGAAGAGCUCCGCUUAAUGCUCAAACAUGAUGAAAACAUAUUUAGGGUGUAAAAAUGCAACUUCCAGAGUAGAUGUCCAGUAGAUGUCGCACUUUAGCCCCAGUCUCUCAAACCAAAACAGAGUGCACUGCCUCCCCUCCUAGUGUUGUAGACCACACUAACCGAGACCAAGACAUACCAGAGACCAAGAGUGCUCCCGAGGCCCAGACAAGACCAAGACUGUUAGGGAUCAAGACCGAGACGAGGGCAGAGUAAAAAUGCGUUCGAUUCAGAGACAAGACCUUAAAAAAGUGGUCUGGAGACCGGUCUUGAGACUAAGACUGAUUUCGAGUAUUUAAACGUUGAUUUAUCCCCUCCUCUCCCACCUCUCCCGCAGUGUUUACACUCAGUGCAGCUGUUUGUAGGACUGAUCUCCAUUCUGAUAUGCGGCCUAGCUUCUUUGAAGUAUUUUAGACCAAACAAAGUCUGUUGGUUCUGCCAUAAAACUCAGCCAUUCUGCAAGCAUUCUGCAAGCAGCUUCCCUGAGUGGGCGGGGCUGUCUCCCUUUCCCCCCGCGUUGGCUAAAGCCUAAUUUAUAUUUUUGCAUCAAGUCUAUGCCAUAGUAUACCCCAAAGGUUGGCCCUGUAGCUUUACGCGGAAGCCUUAGCCUGAAGUGCACCUCCUCAAAAAUCUAACCAAGUGUUGAAAUAACGCAGACCAGACAGUGAUUGGACCGAGCAUCGUAUUGGCUACAGGUUUAUUGUGUAUACUUUGGGUUAGGG